AUGGCCACCCCAAUGAUGGUAGAGUUGCUGGACAACAGAGAGCUCCAGGGCAAGGGCAUGACGCAUUCAUGCAGGAUGUCUCAGCAGGCACUCUCUAAUCUGCUUGCAGUCAAAACAGACAUGUGUGGCUGCCGAUUUGAGUUAUCUGUUAAGGAUGUACGGUUCAUUGGCUACCCAAUUCUUAUUGAUCCUCUGAAAAAAACUUCUCUGCAAAUGUUUCAUCUGGCAUUUGUUCUGGAUGCUCGUCUGGAGCCAGAAAUUGUCAAUGGAUUCUACAGCCUGUGCAAGAGGCUGGCCGUGGGACUCAAGUAUAUGGACACCAAUAAAAGAUAUCUUACUUCACAAGUCCAGGCCAUGAUUGUUACUCAUGAAGAGGUAGCAAACAGAGGAAAGUCUGACAAUGGUGCCUUGGAUCCAUAUGACGAGAUAGCCAAGCAGAGCGACCUGGCGCAGCAUCUUGUCUCUAUAUACAAUACACUGAGCACAAGUGGAGAUUGCCGCGUCAACCUGGAUGACUGGUUCAACGUCAGCUUUGUGAUGCCUUACAAGGCCUACGCUAACCUGCCUCAGGGGAACUACUUCAAU